AUGGAGAGAGUCGUGGACAGGUCAGAAUUACUGUCGGAACACAGCACGCCGCCGUCUUCACCAGACAUCAAAAGUCUCAAACGCCUUGAGGAGUUCGAGUUCGUCAACCACGGCGAGGCUACCCAACAGGAACGAGCGCAAGAUGCAGACAACGAGGAGAUGGACUUCUUGCUCUUUGCCCCAAGUAACAAACAGGCCAAUGAUGCUACCGAAAUCGCCAAGAUACGUGUUCAGACGCCACCAUUGACAACAGGAGAGCCUGGAUUCGUCAUACCGAAUAGAGACGACAGCUACUAUUUUACAAAAGAACUUUCCGACGCAGCAAAAGCAGUUUAUUCGCAAGCCGCUGUAACAGGCCAGGAUGUUGUGUCCCGUUCAACCAGCAGCUGGCCUGGCAGCUCCUAUCCAUGGAAAGUCCUUCAGAUCCAGAGUACCAAACGCCAACGCAUCAUCCUGUCCAACUCAAAUAUGCUGUUCGCCAAGCUAUACGACCAUCCAACAAAUACCAAACGAAAGAGACCAGGCAAGAAGACCCGGGUAGAAGUAAGAACCAAAGCUGCCGCUGCAAAGGCCCGCCAAGAUGAAAACCGCAAAGCCGCCGAGCAAAAAGAAGCCGAAGAGCGAGAGAAGCGUACGCGUCGAAACCGAGAGAAGAAGGUCAAGAAGAAGCAACGCGAGAAGGCCAAGAAGAACGAGACCGCUGGUGCCGAAGAAGACCAGAUGUCGCAAAGCUCCGAUUGA